AUGGCUUUGGUGAACUUGUUUGGAUCAAAGGGGAAGCGGGCGCUGAGCACUCUCCUUAUUUGUGCCGUAAUCUUCGAGUUAGACGCCCAAGAACAGAGGACCACUCCAGGAAGGAAGCCCAGCAAACCCAAACUUGGGAAAUCAACAAAUAAAGGGCCAAGAGCUGUAACCCCCAAAAUCAAAGCUACACCUGCAGUCCCGGCACAGACCGUCCUCACACAGGUGCUAAACAGAAGGAAGUUUAAGAAGGUGGGAGAAACUAUAAGCGUGCAGACAGGAGACACCUUGGAGCUGAGGUGCAGGGGCAAACCUGUGCAGUGGAGCGUCCCAAAGUACCUGGAGGAGGAUGAUGAAGGAAGGCUCAGGAUUGUCCAACACGAGCGCUAUGGCGUUCUGACAUUAGUCAACACUACUGGUGCAGACACAGGGGAAUACACCUGUUAUCCUAUGUACUGUGAAGACACAGACUGCAGGAAGGAGUAUGACAAAGCUGUCAAAGUCUUUGUAUUCUUUCCAGAUCCACAAGAAUUAUUUGUUCCAACAUCUGAGUACUACGAGGCGAUUCAGCUGAGAACCAACUGGCCGACGCUCCUCCCCUGCCAGGUGACGUCACCUGAGGCUAAAGUGACUCUCCACCGUGAGUUUCCACCAGUAGAGGUGGCGGUGGACGGGAAGGAGAUAUCUUUUAACGUCAAGAGGGGCUUCACCAUUCAUCGACCCCGGCCUCAUCAUGCUGGAGCCUUGUUCUGUGUCGCCAGUCUGGGCAACCUGAGGCAGAGCUCCACCAAGUACAUGCUCAUCUAUGUUAACUACCCCAUGGCUCCUCCUGCUCCAGUAAUCCAGGCCUCGUCAAGCUCGGUGGCUGUGGGGGAAAACCUGCGUGUCAUCUGCUCCGUGGUGGGGGAACAGGACGUGGUCGUGGAGUUCACCUGGGAAUACCCAGGACAGCAGAUUGGGAGGCCUCUGUACACACAGGAGAGCAUCAGUCCAGUCGGUGGAGGAGCAGCUCGACAGCAGUCUCAGUCUGUCCUCCUGGUGGACGAGGUGAGGGACGUGGAUCAGGGAGCCUACACCUGCACCGCCCAGAACCUGCAAGGAGUCAAAUCAGUGUUCACCAAUGUUAAAGUGGUCCCCAAUGCCAAACCUAAGAAACCGUAA